UGUCAAAGUUCAUCUGGCAGUGAUCGGGAGAGGUUCUCUGGUGUUUUUGCGAUCUUAAGGAUUCAGCUUGAAUAAGUGUGCGUGUGGCGUGACAUGAACUCUUCUGCCGGUCUCUUCUACUACUGCAGUUUCAGGUUUCCCCAGGAGUGGAUUCGCCUUGAAAAAGUGUGUAUGGGGCGUGAUAUAACCCUUAAACUUCGAGUCUUCUGCCUGUCUCUCCUGCUUUUCGAAGCAUCUUGUUUUAUUGUUGUUUCAGUAGGUGAUCACUGGUGUUGAUCUGGUUCUUCUGUCAGAACGGCCUUGGAUAUGAAUCUGAAACAUCGAGUCGCAGUCCUCUACUUGUCUCUACUUGUAUUUGAAGCUUCUUGUUUCACUGAGUUUGAGAUUUCUGUGCCCAGUGGUAAUGUGACUGGGGUUUACGGUGAGACACUGAUCCUGCCCUGCACUUUCCCAGUUGACAGCUCAUGGGAUCUGAGCAGCACUGUUGUUGUUUGGCAACAUGGAGUAGAUAUUGUGCACAGCUUCUACUUCAGCCAAAACCAACUUGACCGUCAGAAUCCUCUCUAUGCCAAACGCACCAGCCUGUUCAAUCAGGAGAUAACACAAGGAAAUGCAUCACUCAGACUGGACAAAGUCACUCUGGAAGAUGCUGGCAUGUACACCUGCUCCAUCAGCACUAACUCAGGCAGACAGGAGAAGAGUUUUGGUGUACACAUUGCAGCUGAGUUUGAGAUUACCGUGCCCAGUGGUACUCUUAUUGGGUUUUACCACGAAGUGCUGAUCCUGCCCUGCACUUUCCCAGUGGACGGCUCAUGGGAUCUGAGCAGCACUGUUAUCACCUGGCAGCGUGGACUGGAUGUUGUCCACAGCUUCUAUUACAGCCGGGACCAACUUGACCGUCAGAAUACGCUCUAUGUCAAACGCACUAGCCUGUUUAAUAGAGAAAUGGCAAAAGGAAAUGCAUCACUCAGACUGGACAGAGUCACUCUGGAAGAUGCUGGCGUGUACACCUGCUCCAUCAGCACAAACUCUGGCAGCCAGAAGAAGAGUUUUACAGUAAAUAUUGCAGCGUUCUACUCUGAGCCUCGUCUGCAGUUUUUUGUGCUAAAUGAUUGGGUCAACCUGCUAGUGACUUCGGACGGUGGAUAUCCAUCACCUACAUUUCAAUGGCUGCUAGAAAACUCUGAUAUCACCAACCAGACACAAACACACAUCACACAGGACACACACACAGGACUUUACAAUGUGUCUAGUAGAAUAAAUCUCACUGAAGUCACCAACUCUUCUCUGACUUUCAUACUGCACAACAAGCUCCUGGGACAAGACAUAAGGAGAGAGAUUCAGCUGUACUCAGAUAAGAGAGAGAAGCGAGAAGAGUCAGUUUACAGAUGUCACGCAUGCUUCGCAUUGAUCCCUGGAGUUUUGCUGCUGGUGCUGAUCAUAAUAAGUCUGAUGAUCGUUUUCAUUAAAAACAGAAGAACUAAACAAAACCGCUUUAUUGGAAAGGAACUUUCUGCAACCAAAGCACUUAAUGGAAAACUUAAUGGUCAUUCAAACAUCUAUGUACAAAGUGUAUGAAUCCUGGAAUUUGAAGGACUUUUUUUCUUUAUAACUUAUUUGACCUGUGCAGCUUUGACCAAAAAGUAUGUAUUAUAUAUUGGUUAACAUUUCAAUGCAUUUUUUUAAGCCAUCUGGUGAACACAGCUAAUAGUAUUGUCUGUCAUCCAAACUAAUCAUAUGAACAGUAUUCAGUGAGGUCUUGAACACCCAAUAUGGGUACUCGUUCGUGUAUGAUGGUAUUUUAGUUUUUGGAGAAGAACAUUUAAGGUGCUCUAAGCGAAUCUGUGUGACGUUACUUUUUGUUGAUGUUUGAACUAUUUUCAAACAAACUGAGCAUAGCUAACUCCUCCCCCUCCCUUCCGUGCUUUCAUGAACGCGUCUAACCCCCACCCAUAAAUCGUUCUUGUCGCUUAUUGGCUGGAACACUUUGUUGUUAUUGCAGUUUGUGGAGCCUGGGCUGUCUACAGAGAUUUUUUUACAGUUUGAUCAGCGGACAGGCAGCAAGCAGAUAGUGAGGAGAUGUUUGCUGUAUGUAACAAAAAAUGUUUUAUGGUCUAAAACGCGUGAAUUCGCUUAGAGCACCUUUAAUCAUAAUUUCUUUAGCU